AUGUCACCAGUAAUGCAGGAAGCGGAAACUGGGUCAGAGGAUAGGACACUUCAGAGGCUACCUAUGCAAGACCGCAUCAGAAUAUCUUCAAAAGUGCGCGCGUCUGUCAAGAUGAAGGUUUUAUUGUACCUGCUACUGUGCUCCUUAAACGAAGUUUCAGGCUGCGGCACGAGGGUCUUUCCGGCAUCCAACGAAACACGAAUAAUCGGGGGAGUGCCAACGUCACUCGGAGAAUGGCCGUGGCAGGUUUCACUCAAUCUUCGUAAUCCUUCUACUGGCGUGCUCCUCGGACAUCAAUGCGGUGGCGUCGUCAUAUCGAGCAAAUGGGUUCUCACUGCUGCCCACUGCAUGCUUCACCCUACGGCCCGCUAUGCUAUUCCGCCGCAGUUCUGGCUUGUGUGCCCCGACAGCCUGACAUCAUCACCCAAUGGGUCGACGGCGCUCUGCGUUCGGGUUCGAAAGAUCCUCAUCCACCAGAGGUUCGAUCGGCGGAGGUUCACGCACGACCUCGCGCUUCUCUCACUGACGGAACGGAUGAAAGUCUCCGGUGCGGAUGCGACGAAAGAUUAUUCAGGACAGAUCUGUCUUCCGGACCCGAAGAAACACAACUUCAAAGACCGAGAAUGUGUCACUACUGGAUGGGGUGUCACCACCAAGAGCGAUAUGCGUAGCAGGUCCAAUGUGCUAAUGAAGACGUCAAUGCCUGUGCUGUCGUGGCUCAACUGCAGCGACGCCUAUCCUUCUUUCAAGUCCCUUAAGCGGUGGCUCAUUUGUGCAGGAUACUGGAAAGGAGGCAAAGGUCCUUGUCUGGGCGAUUCCGGGGGACCCCUGCAGUGUCUCUUGAGCGAUGGUCGUUGGUACCUGGCGGGGGUGGUGUCCUGGGGUGUCGGCUGUGCAGAAUCCGCAAAACCUGCAAUGUUUGUUCGCGUCACUUCUUAUCUCGACUGGAUCCGUUCCAAUACCAAGGAGACACCCACGCGAGCUCGUCCGUCUACAUCAAUUUACAAGCUGUACUUGCACCGUUGA